ACCACCACAGCUUGGCCGCGUCAGCCUUCAAAGACAGGCUGCAGGAGCAGCCAGCGGUGCGGCGGCAGGCAGAGGCUGGGGGCACGCGCCGAGGGACACUGGAACAGAUGGUGCAAGAGGGAGAGGAGGAAGUGUCCACGGGGCCCUCGCAGCCGGAGGAGGGCAGUGCCAGCAAGGCCGCAUGGGAGCGGCUGUGGGACGGCCGGGGUGUGGAGCCGGAGGAGUUUGACCGAGCCAACAGGUUCACGCCACCCACCUUCAUCCGGCCACAGCGGGAGCUGCAUGAUGACGAGCCACUGGACAUCAGCUUGGAGCAGCGGGAGCAGAUCCUCAACAACGAGAUGUGUGAGAUCUGCGAGGUGUGGACAGCCGAGAGCCUCUUCCCCUGCCGCAUCUGCAGCCGGGUGUACCACGAUGGCUGCCUGUGCCACAUGGGAUACCUGCAGAACGACAGUGUCGUGGAG